UUAUGGAUCUCAAUUCCUCCAAUGGUUCUCUGUUUUCCAUCUGCAGGUCUUCAGCAUAUGGGAGCCGAUGUAUCAACCUUGCCCAACUUUCAGCUGGAAGUCUGUGACAAUGACACUUAAUUUGGCAAAGUGGCACCUCCCUGGGAUUUCUUACCUCCUAGAGAAUUGCGACUUUCUAGAAACACUUACCAUAUAUGUUUAUCCGUCAAAUGCCGAGGAUAUUACGGGAGGUACGUGGAAUCGAGCAUGUAAGUUUGAUGGAAGGAGUUACUGGAAUUUAGUUGAGGGCACAUUUCAUUGUCUUGCAUACCACCUCAAGAAUGUAAUGGUAUAUGCAUGUGUGACCGAACCAUAUGUGAUUGAGCUAAUCGAGUUUCUGCUUGGAAACUCACUGGUUUUGAAGAAAAUGGUGAUCUCUACUAAAAAGAACUUUGGACAAACUCGAAGUGGGAUUGACAUCGGCGUACAGAAGGACUCUCCCCCGGAUAUGCUUCUGGAAUUUUCAAAAAAGGUCUUUAGUUUACCAAGAAUAUCUCCCCGUGCAGUAGUACACAUGGCAGUAUGUUGAUAUGGUUUUUUCAAACAUGGGAGCACUAAUUUAUUUCAUUUCUACAGUUUCUAUUAUACUAACAAUUCAUGUCACUAUUCUCAGUUAACAUUUUCUCUCUUUUGGUCUUAAAUUGAUGGAUUCAAUAGUUUAUCAAUGGAAAAACAUGUUUAUGAAA